UUGUAAACAAAACUCACAUGUGCUCGAUCGUAGUAAUUUUUGAGUGCAUUGAUCAUUUUUUCGGUGUAAAGUGCUUUUAAAAUAAUAGUUUCGUUUUAAUUUUAGAUUAAUUUAAUGAUUUUCUAAUACGCUGACGAAUAUGUUAUAAAUCAAAACAAGCAUGGCCGAAAUCAACGACGUUAUAUUCACUUCCGAUACAUUCGGUAACAUGAAUGUAUGGGAUUUAAAAAGUGGAACUACUCUGAUGACAUACAAGAGCUCUGCAAUAAAUGCCAGAUGUAUGGAUGUCUUGAACAAUGAUUACGUGUUAGCCGUUCAAAAAGGACCUUUAAUUUUGGCCUGGCCGAUCAACAGUCAAGAGAAAAUUCAACACAUUAAAAUGCUGUGUCCUGGCGAAGUAGGAUGCUUCUCAGUCAGUCCUGACGGUCUCUAUAUAGCCGUUUCAAUUGAAAAUAAGUUACUUAUAUGGCAGUUCGCUACCGGAAAGUUACUUUCGACUGUUAGCGGUCAUUACCAACGGAUUACUGUGAUAACAUGGACUCGUGAUGGUUCUGAUGUGAUAACAGGUGGUGAAGAUGGUCUAGUAUGUGUUUGGAAACUAUCGGUAUUAAUUUCAGCCAAUUUCAUGUAUAUGGGUAUAAAAUCAGACGAGCAAUCAUCUCAAGUCGAAUCCCGAUACACGUUUUCCGAUCAUUCGAUACGUAUUAAUGAUUUAUAUGUUGGAAGUGGAGGCCAACGUGCCAGACUUUAUACUGCUUCUGCUGAUAAAACAUGCAAGAUAUACGACCUGGCCACCGGAACCCAACUACUAUCGAUCGUUUUCGACAGCAAACCAUGCAGCAUUGUCGUCGAUCCGGCUGAAAACUACGUAUUCGUUGGUACCGGAGAUGGCACCAUAAAAACUUUCUCACUUCUAGAUCCGCCGCGUAAUCGUGACUAUCAUUUUACCGAUACUUCGAACGAUACUACUUUUAGUGGUCAUACUAAACAAGUCAACAGUCUUUCAAUCUCAACCGACGGUACUUCGCUUAUCUCCGGAUCGGCUGACGAAUCUGUAAAAAUAUGGCAUAUCGAAAGUAAACAAUGCCUGCGAACUAUACGUUGUCGAGGUAACGUAACCAAUGUAAUUGUUCGAAUCCUGCCUAAAAAACUCCAACAUCAUGAUUUCCAACCUGUCACCGUGUUGAAAAACUUCCUGAAACGGUUCGACGAGAACGAAAAUGCCGACUUGAUGGAGGUAUUCACUCCUGAUGAUUUGAUCGGCGCUGAUUCUAUCGACUAUGACGAUGACGACGACGAUAAGAAUAAUUCCGAGGUAGCUGCGUUACGUGAAAAGAUACAAAAACUGGAGAAAAUCAACAGUCAACUUUACACUUUCGCCGCUCAGAAAAUUUUACAAAGCGACGAACCCAAAGUUACCAAACCCGCUGUUGUCAAAAAGGCACCUUCCAAUAAAAUUCCUUUGAUGGAAAAACCGUUGACGAAAAGUCAAAAGAAGAGAUUGAAGCAUAAAAACAAACUUAAAUGAUGUAUCGUUAUUUUCGUUUCGUUGUAAUUGUUUUUUUGUACUGGAUAAAAAUAAUUCGUAACACAACAAA